CUGCAGGAUGACAUGGAGCUGUCGCCCGACUUCUUUCCCUACUUUGAAGCCACAGCCGCUGUGCUGGAUGCAGACCCCUCCCUCUACUGCGUCUCCAGCUGGAACGAUCACGGCCAGGACCGCUUUGUGGCCAAUGCCACCCAGCUGUACCGCUCCGACUUCUUCCCAGGCCUGGGCUGGAUGCUCAACCGCCGGGUGUGGGAGUCGAUCAGGAGCAUGUGGCCGCGGGGGUACUGGGACGAUUUCAUGCGGCUGGAUGCGACGCGGCAGGGGCGGCAGUGCAUCAGGCGCGCGGCAGUGUGCCGCACCUACAAUUUUGGCGACAUUGGCAGCAGCAGCGGCCAGUACUUCCGCCUCUUCCUCAAGCCCAUCAAGCUCAACUCAGGCACGGGGGCACAGGGGCGGCCGUGGUGCAGCGCACAGAUGGACCUGGGCUUCCUGGAGCAAGCCCAGUACCAGCAGCGCUUCGAGGCGGAGCUGGCAGCGGCGCAGCCGCUCAGGGGGCUGGACGAGAUGGCCACUGCGGUCCCAGGGCGCGACUACGUGCUGCGCUACGACAGCCAGCAGGCGUACGAGGCCCUGACGGGCAAGCUGCGGAUGCUGCGCGAGUGGCGGGACGGCGUACCGCGCGGCGCGUACCGUGGCACGGUGGCCAUCCGCAACCCGGCAGGCGCCCGCAUCUUCCUG